AUGCAUUCUAAUGCUUCAGCUUUCAAACGGUAUACUAACAGACAAUUGCAAGCAUCACCGGCAGUAGUAGUUAACUUCUCUGAUCAACAAAGAGAACAAAAAACAAAUAAUGAUAACCAUAACUCAGAUAGUUCAAUACCAAGUAUGCAAAAGUGUAAUAUAUCUCCAGCUACAGCCCAAUCAAAAGAAUCCGAACUCGCAACUUCACAUUCCCAUCAAGGGCAUUCUCUCCCGAUUCCUGUAAAAGGCGUAAGGUUCAAUGAUCUAUGUGUGGCCUAUGGUUCAUCACUUCCACAAGGGUUUUGUACACAAUCAGGUCCACCUUCAAUGCCAGGUUCAGUUGUGUUUCUCGAACAAAAUUUUCAAGCAGAUGCAUUUUAUCAGCCAAAUAAAGAAAAUAAUUCAGAACAAGUUUAUGAACCCCGUUGUCCGAAUGGAAACAGCACCCCAAACCAAAUUGUGUACACACAGGAACACAGGUCAGAACACGCAGAGGAUCAAAGACUUAUCUCCCCAACAACUGAUCAAAGUGUAUCCAGUAGUUUCUGUAAUAACGGAAAUGCAAGCCAUCUUAACAGCAUUGGUUAUGGAAGUAAUUGUGGAAGUAGCAACAAUGUUGAAAAUGUCACCACUUUCAGGAUAUCAGCAGUUUCCGAUGGUAAGAACGAAGACCUCACAAAUGGUGGAUAUUCACAUUCACAUCGAUCUAUCCUAAGAGAAGCAGCUCUAAACAAGUUCCGCUUGAAACGAAAAGAGAGAUGUUAUGAAAAGAAGGUUCGAUAUGAGAGCAGGAAGAAACUAGCAGAGCAGCGUCCUCGAGUUAAAGGACAAUUUGUUCGGCAAGUGAAUCCCGAUUCUCUUUCUGGAGAAAAAGAUUGCUGA